UCUAAACUACUUGUUAGUUCUUCUCCCAAAUUACCAAUCCUGGCAGAAUGGAAGAGUAUGACUAAUAAAAUCAAUUUUUAAGUGGUGACAAAAAUAAAUUCCAAACAUAUAUCAGGCAAUAGAACAGAUGGGUUCUUAAAAAGAUUUUCAACAUUUAAUUUCAGUUAUUAAAACAAAUACACUUAGAGACAAAGAAAUGCAUGUGUGAAGUGGGGGUGUGGAAAGCAGGACAAAUGUCCUUCAUCUUAUGGCUGUUGCUGCAAGUAUAACCCAAACAGAUGAGAAGAACAUAUUCUGUUGGCUACAAAAUUUUAUGGAAUAAAUUUCAGUAGCCUUGGUCUAGUUUUUACAUGUCCAUUUCAUUAAAAAAAAACAGUUUACUCACAAGCCACAGGAUGGCUAAUAUACACAACAGAGAAUGUCCUACUGGUACAGGUGUGCAUGCUGCUGCUUUUGAAAUUAAGGCAGAGGUGCAACUAAGGAACAGAAUAUCAGGUUUUUUCACCAGGGUAAAAUUUGGGAAUGCUAAGUACCUGCACCUAUCUGCAUUUAAAAAAAAUCCCAUCACAAAUUCUUCAACAAAGAAGAACACCUAUUGGGAGUAUCUUGCUCUCACCAAAUUAAGAGGGCACAUGGAAAAUGGACAUCAAAAGCAUUGUGGAGCCCAGAAGAGUCCAUGAGCCCUCAGCUGAGUAGUACGUUCUUUGUACUUAAAAAGUUUUUUGUUUGUUUUAUAGACAUUUGCUGUUGUAUGAUCUGAAGAGUUAUUUUCCUUAACCUGGAAAAUUACUUAUCGAUUGCUAGGUAAUAAAUCAGUGAAACAUGUUUACUGUUUACAUAUGUGCACGUAAAUUCUAUGCUUGGAAAUGUGCUUCAAAAAAUCUACAAUGUCUAGAUUUUCCAAUUUUCUAUUUCUUUCCCACACAAAGAUUACCAACCACUCACAUUCAAGUAACCUAAUGUAAAUGGGAAUGUAAUUGCUGCACAAUAUAAUGCAAUCAGUUUAAGAUACUUAGAUCGUUCAAGUAAUUCUUUAGAUUUGCAGGCACAAGCUGGCUGAUUCGUAAACCAAGUUAUAAUCUUUCAUUCAAUAUCUGGCAUUAUAUUUUUUCAAAAAGUGUUUGGCUGUUUGAAAUGUUAGUGAUGCCUAACAUUUUUUUUUAAAAGUUGAUGCCAUGGUGCACAAAGUAAAUCCCAGAGAGGGCACGGUGAGGAUUGUGACCAUAAUCCUUCCCAUUUAGGAAAUUUAAAAAAAUGUUGAGAUGAAGGAUGAUGCGUUUAAUUGCAGCUGGGCUCAGUGCAGUACAGUUGGAGCUGAGCUGGGCUGGGCAGUGGCCGCGCUGCCCCCCUCUCUCCCUCCGCCCGUCCUGCGGGCGCUGCCUGCGUGCCUUCGGAGCUCCUUAAGAUGUAGCGGAGCGCGGAGAAAGCGCAGACCACCAUCGGCUGGCUCCUUCUCCCCUCCCUCCGUCUGCACACGGGCUGGGGCCGACACAGCGCGCCACUUUUAAGGCUACGCGGAAGUCCCAGUUGGCCUGCCCCCGCCCUCCAGAUAAAUUUAGUUGUGUCUGGUUCAACCCGAUUGUCUGCUCCAGGAGCCAAUCAUACUGAAGGUUUAUACUUGUGGUGAUGUGAAGGAAAGGGAAGAAUUCACAGUAAAAAGCCACAGAGAAGAUGUCUACACAACACUGAAGCCUGUGUGAAUUGGAUUUACAUGGCAUUUACACCACCAGGAGCCGUGUUAGAAAGCAGCAGGAGUUCAAGUCAAAAGGUUUCGUGAUUUAACAGAAGGAACUUAUUUAAGUGAAGCGAGACUUUGAACAGCGAAUCAUUGAGUUACGACUGCAGUGAUGUGUCUGGAUCGGUGUGGACCGUGAAGUUGAUGAUCUCCAGCAGAGGGCAUUGAUAGAGACUGAGAGAAUACCACCGAGAUACCAGCAAGCACAGGGUGGUCUUGAAGCUGAUUUCGAGCCCGGGAAAUUCUCAAGGCAGGAUCGACCCCAAGACGACUGUUCACUAUCACAUGCUAAUUGAACAAUAACGAAGCAGUUAACAACCAAAUGCAGCAAGACCUGGACAACAGCCAGGCCUGGGCUGGAUAUGGCCAGGCCUGGGCAAGUAACAUUCAUGCCACACAAGUGCCAGGCAGUGUCAAUAUCCAGCAAGAAAAAAUCUGGCUAUCACUCCCUGACAUUCAAUGGCAUUACCGUCACUGAAUCCUCCACUAUCAAUAUCCUGGGGGUUACCAUUGACCAGAAACUAAACAGGAGUAGCCAUGUACAGUGUGGCUACAAGAGCAGGUCAGAGACUAGGAAUCCUGUGCAAAAUGAGUUUCACUGGCAAGUAUGCAUUUGGAAGUCAGGAAAACUAUGAAGAAUUUAUGAAGGCUUUAGGUGUGCCUGAAGACGCCAUUGAACAUGGGAAGAAUAUGAAGUUCGACACAGAGGUUGUCCAGAAUGGGGACGCAUUUACAUGGUCUCAGAUUUAUCCAUGUCACACUACAACCAAUCAAUUUACUGUGGGGAAGGAAUCUGAAUUUGAGAUGCUGAACUGUGAAAAAGCCAAGAUCACUGCAAAAAUAGAAGGAGGAAAACUCAUCAUGAAAUUUCCCAAUUAUACUCAUACUGUUCAGAUUGAAGGAGACAAGUUGAUUGAAACAUCCGUGUCCGGCGAGAUCACUUUAAAAAGACUCCACACAAAAACAGUUUAAGAAGAUGAAGAGAGAAUCAUACUAGAUGAUAGCAUAAUUCAGCAAAUAAUGAUUCGGGAUACUAUAUUUUUUCCAUGUAAAGUAUACCACAGAUUAAAAUAAGAUUUGCUCUUCAAAAAAAAAGUCAGCAAUUUUUCUAAUGCUUGCAUUAGUUCCACAGAGACAGAAUUAAAUCUAUGUGACCUUUAUGCUAAACUUGUUCCACUCAAAUUUUAUCCUCACCCAGAGCAAUUUGAAGAUAAAAUUUGCUGCUUUGCUAUCAGGUUGCACUAUUCAUUCAGUGGAAACACACCAGAUGAAGAGGAUAUGCACAGUUUGCACAUGCAGGCAGGUUCCAAUCAGUUACUCUGAACACUAAUAAAAGGAAUUGAUUGCACGAUC